AUGGAAGAGGCUCAGCUGCUAACGGCCUUAAACUCCCUUUUUGGUUCGGGGGACCCGGCGACACAGAGACAGGCAGACGAAUGGCUGAGGUCUUGGCAGCAAUCCGCAGGGGCCUGGGAGUCUUCGCUUGAGCUGCUGGCCCCGAAGCAGCCGCCCCUGAGUGCAGAGGUAAACCCUAAACCCUAA